ACUCAAACUUUCAAAUUUCAAAUUAAAAAUAUUAUUUUGUCAAUUUUUCUGAAUAAAGUCAAAAAAUAUUUUUUCCGUUUUCUAUACCUUUUCAUCUUCAUUUUUUUUUUCAUUCCCUAAUUUUUUUUAUAAAGAUUUAUGUAGCAUAUAUUACUGGCAAAAAAUUGUUUUAUCUCUUUUUAACUUUAUAUACCUAUUUUCAUGUACUCUCUCCAUCCUGUAAAGAAAUAUCGUUUGAGGGGGUGACAUGAAAUUUAAGAAAUGUUUGAGUGAUAAUAGGUUGAGUGGAAAAAUAAGCCCAUUAUUUUGUAAAAAAAUAAUUUACGCUUAAUAAAUUUUAAGUGAAGAUUUAUAGAUCCUUGAAAAUUAAUAGACUCUAAUUUGAUUGAACUUGGAUGGAUGCACCGACCGAGCAUCCAUGAAUCCAUGAUAUAAAAGAAAAUGUUUUUUUUUUUUGCUCAAAAAAAAAAGAAAAAGAAAAUGUUAACAAUAAGAAUUAGAUAGCAGAGAGAAUCAACAAUUAGAUUGAAAUUAAUCUCCAUUCAUAAUUAACCACGUAUCACCAUCGCAAAGCAACACAGAAAUUAAAACAUUAAACUUAGUACAGCUCAUGUUGACACAAACACACACACAGAGUAUAUUAAAGUCCAGCUUUGACUUCAAAAAAAAAGAAAAAAGAUUCAGCUUUGAUGAGAGUCAUGACUCAUGAGACAGGGAAAAAGAGAUUUAUAGGUGAGAGUGAGAAGCAGAGUCACAGAUGUUAUUUUGAAAACAAAUUUGGUGCAAGAAAAAGGAGUAAAAAACAGAGGUGGUGUGGCGAUGGGAGAUGAGAGAGAAAGGCUGAUCGAGCACGAAAGCAAGAGUAGGGCCUUCUCGCGAUGCGCGUCGCACGCGCGUGAUGAGCUCCACAGCUUCCGCACGUGGCUGAGAUGGCUAUGCGUGGAUCAGUCCAACGCAUGGAGCGUGUGCCUCUCCUGCUUCGUCUUCUUUGUCUUCGCCAUCCUCGUCCCGGCCGUCUCCCAUUUCGUCCUCGCCUGCACCGACUGCGACAGCCGCCACAGCCGCCCCUACGACGCCGUCGCGCAGCUCUCCCUCAGCGGCGCCGCUACCAUAUCCUUCAUCUGUCUCUCCACCUUCGUCCGGAGGUACGGCCUCCGGAGGUUCCUCUUCUUCGAUAAACUCCGCCACGAAAGCGAGACCGUCAGACAGGGCUACACCGACCAACUAAACAGAUCACUGAAGAUAUUAUUUAUUUUUGUGGUGCCAUGUUUUGCUACUGAAGCUGCUUAUAAGAUAUGGUGGUACAGCUCCGGAGGAUCAAAGAUUCCGUUCCUGGGGAAUGUUGUGGUUAGCAAUAGUGUUGCUUGCGUUCUUGAUCUAUGCUCAUGGUUUUACAGAACAGUUGUGUUUUUUCUGGUGUGUGUUCUGUUCCGUUUGCUAUGCUAUCUCCAGAUUCUCCGCAUGCAAGAUUUCGCCUUGGUUUUCCAAGGGGAUUCCGAGGUUGAAGCAGUGUUGAAGGAACACCUCAGAAUCAGAAGACAGCUAAGGAUCAUAAGCCACAGGUACAGAGCAUUCAUACUGUGGGGGCUCAUAUCCAUCACCGCCAGCCAAUUCGCCUCCCUUCUCAUGACUACACGCCCCAAUGCUCAUCUCGACAUCUUUAAUUCUGGAGAACUCGCGGUUUGCUCUCUCAGCCUCCUGGCCGGGCUGAUGAUUCUGUUGCGAAGUGCAGCCAGAAUCACGCACAAGGCGCAAGGCGUGACGUGCCUUGCCGCCAAGUGGCACGUCUGUGCUACAAUCGACUCCUUUGAUGCUGCAGAAGGCGAGACUCCGGUUGCAAAGGAACAAGACACACACGACUCCAGUGGAUCGUUUGAUUAUGAUGAUGUUGGCGAUGAAGAAGAUGAACUGGAUAACACGAAAUUUAUCCCAGCCUAUGCAUACAGCACAAUCUCAUUUCAGAAGAGACAAGCCUUGGUGACCUACUUCGAGAACAAUAGAGCUGGAAUAACAGUGUAUGGAUUCAUGCUCGAUAGAAGCUCUCUUCACACCAUAUUUGGGAUAGAGUUGUCGCUCGUGCUCUGGCUGCUGGGGAAGAACGGUAGGCAUAUCUUGAACCACCUCAGAGAAGAAAAAUGUUGAGAUAUGACCAAUUUAUUCAUUCAUUUUUUUUCUCUUUAAAUUAUCCCCCUACCUUACUAUUGUAUACAUUGUGUGUAUUUUGCUUCUUCUCUCUUGUAUAAUGCUAACGUUUCACUGAGGGGCGUGUAUUAAUUGUGAUUCACUUAUGUGAUAAUAGUCAAUUUACGAGAUAUUAUGUUU